GUUUGACAUAGGGCUUUUUCUUUAUUCCCGAUAACAGAUCACUUUUUCUCCUGAUGUCUCCCUUCAGCUAGAUAUUACUCUUCCUAAUGAUGAGUAGAAAAACUUUUCUGACCCGUUACCUUUCUACCAAAGUUGGGAGAUGGAAAUGCCAUAGAAAUACUGAUUUGAGUGUAUUUAAUGCAUUUUUUUUUUCUGUGUAUUUAUUUACAGAUGGGGCAUGACUGGGGUUGGUUGGAUUCUGAACAAGACUAUCCCAAUGACUCUGAGUUGAGCAAUGACUGCAGGUCCCUCUUCAGCUCAUGGGACUCCAGUUUUGAUCUUGAUGUGGGCAGCUGGAGGGAACCUGAGGAGCCAGGGGAUGAGGAACUAGAGGAAAGCAGCCCAGGGAGAGAAGCUAGUGAGCUGCUUGUGAGGGACGGAGGCAGUGAGGAAUCUCAGGAAGAGGCAGAGCAAGUCAGCCGCCAGAACCUCCUCUUUCUCUCUGAGGUAGCUUAUUUAAUGGAGCCGUUGUGCAUUAGCAGCAAAGAAUCAAGUGAAGGCUGUUGCCCUUCAUCUGGUACCAGACAAGAGGCAAGGGAAAUUGAAGCUACUGAAGGAGAGGGGGAGCCCUACAGAGAACCUGAAGAACUUUCAGCCAAGGAAGACCCCUUAGUCGCUGAGAAGUCAUCACUGGGAGAAAAUGGAAGGACAGAGGUGACUCGACCUCCCUCAGAUAUUUCGGCACUUCAGGAACAAUCCAUAGAGAGUGAAGAGCGGGGAGUUCAGCAAGAAUCCAAAGAGGAGGACCAGGGUGAAGGGUAUGUAUCAGAAAUGGAGGACCAGCGUUCUUCAGGUGAGUGUGAUGAUGGCUGCAGCAUCCAGGAGACUCCUCUGGUGGAUAUCCUUUUCAGUCGUGCUGCCUCCUCAAAGCUGUCUGAUCGAUGCCAUGGUGAUCCUGUUCAGGAUCACUUGCUAUUUAAGAAGACUCUCCUGCCAGUCUGGAAGAUGAUAGCCAGUCACAGGUUCAGCAGUCCGUUUCUGAAGCCUGUGUCAGAAAGGCAGGCCCCAGGAUACAAGGAUGUGGUGAAAAGACCCAUGGACUUAACUAGCCUGAAAAGGAAUCUGUCCAAGGGACGGAUUCGCACCAUGGCUCAGUUCCAGCGGGACCUGAUGCUGAUGUUCCAAAAUGCUGUGAUGUACAAUGACUCUGAUCAUCAUGUGUACCAUAUGGCUGUGGAGAUGCAGCGAGAAGUCUUGGAGCAGAUUCAGGUGCUGAGUAUUUGGUUAGACAAAAGAAGAGACUUAAAUAGUCUGGAAUGAAAACUAACCAACCCUGUGGAUGAUGGAAAACCUGUUUUGCUAACUUGGAGCUGCUUCCCUGAACUUUUCUGGAUUUUGGACCUUUCACUGAGACUCUGACUUACUGAAGAUCCCAAUACUUGUUUACCAUUUCUCUGUUGUCUUUUCUAAUAAGAAUUACACCUUAACUUACAACCAAAGAGUUUAAGGUGCUUGUGGACAUGAUAUAAAGAAAACACAGAAAACAGAUUUGGGGUUAUGCCAUAUAUGUUGCCCACAUCUUUGUUCCGUAAGGUUAAUUUAGAGCUGAAAAGCCAGAAUGGAGCUAUCAAUGCCCCCACCUCAGAUCUACGUAGAAAAGACUCUGGCUAUUAUCAAACCAGAUAUUGUUGACAAAGAGGAGGAGAUACAAGAUAUUAUUCUCAGAUCUGGAUUCACCAUUGUUCAGGUAACUUCUGGGCAGUAUGAUCAUGCUUUUUUCCUCUCUACUGUGUUAGAUUUUUCUGCCUUAGCUUUUAGCUAAAAUGGUAUUAAAAACUCACUUUAUCUUAAGUAAAAGAUAUGUUUGAAAGCUCUUCUUACUCAUAGAGUUAUAUCCCUAAAGUUGUUUUUUAGAAUAC